GGGCCAAAGGCGAAGGGGCGGAGGGGGAGAGCGAGCGCCGGGGACGGCGCCUGCGCGGUGGGCGUGAUCCGGGCACUUAGGGCAGGAUGAACGCUGCUUUCCAAGAUGGCGACGGAGGGAGGAGGGAAGGAGAUGAACGAGAUUAAGACCCAAUUCACCACCCGGGAAGGUCUGUACAAGCUGCUGCCGCACUCGGAGUACAGCCGGCCCAACAGGGUGCCCUUCAACUCGCAAGGAUCCAACCCUGUCCGCGUCUCCUUCGUCAACCUCAACGACCAGUCUGGCAACGGCGACCGCCUCUGCUUCAAUGUGGGCCGGGAGCUCUACUUCUACAUCUACAAGGGGGUCCGCAAGGCUGCUGACUUGAGUAAACCAAUAGAUAAAAGGAUAUACAAAGGAACACAGCCUACUUGUCAUGACUUCAACCACCUCACAGCCACAGCAGAAAGUGUCUCUCUCCUAGUGGGCUUUUCUGCAGGCCAAGUCCAGCUUAUAGACCCAAUCAAAAAAGAAACUAGCAAACUGUUUAAUGAGGAAAGCUCUUGUCAGCACUUGUGGAAGGUGGAUUGGAAUGAAGAGAGAGAGAAUGAAGGGAGCAGGACCAGUGAGGAGGCUCUUGUCACUGUGCAGAGACUAAUAGACAAGUCACGAGUCACCUGUGUCAGAUGGGUGCCUGGUUCGGAAAGCCUUUUCCUAGUAGCCCAUUCCAGUGGGAACAUGUACUUGUACAAUGUGGAGCACACUUGUGGUACCACUGCCCCCCACUACCAGCUGCUGAAGCAGGGCGAGAGCUUUGCCGUGCACACUUGCAAGAGCAAAUCCACGAGGAACCCUCUCCUCAAGUGGACGGUGGGCGAGGGGGCCCUCAACGAGUUUGCUUUCUCCCCAGAUGGCAAGUUCUUAGCGUGCGUGAGCCAGGACGGGUUCCUGCGGGUGUUCAACUUUGAUUCGGUGGAGCUGCAUGGCACGAUGAAGAGCUACUUUGGGGGCUUGCUGUGCGUGUGCUGGAGUCCCGACGGCAAGUACAUCGUGACCGGCGGAGAGGACGACUUGGUGACAGUCUGGUCUUUUGUAGACUGCCGAGUCAUAGCGAGAGGCCACGGGCACAAGUCCUGGGUCAGUGUGGUGGCCUUUGACCCCUAUACCACUAGUGUGGAAGAAAGCGACCCGAUGGAGCUCAGCGGCAGUGACGAGGACUUCCAGGACCUUCUGCACUUUGGCAGAGACCGAGCCAACAGUACCCAGUCGCGGCUGUCCAAGCGGAACUCGACCGACAGCCGCCCCGUCAGCGUGACCUACCGCUUUGGCUCGGUGGGCCAGGACACGCAGCUCUGCCUGUGGGACCUCACCGAGGACAUCCUGUUCCCUCACCAGCCCCUCUCGCGCGCAAGGACACACACCAAUGUCAUGAAUGCCACCAGUGCCCCUGCUGGGAGCAGCGGGAACAGUGUUACAACACCCGGGAACCCCGUACCCCCUCCCCUGCCGCGGUCCAACAGCCUGCCCCACUCGGCCGUCUCCAGCGCGGGCAGCAAGAGCAGCGUGGUGGAUGGCGCCGUCGCAUCUGGGGUCAGCAAGUUCGCCACGCUCUCUCUCCACGAUCGGAAGGAGAGGCACCACGAGAAAGACCACAAGCGGAACCACAGCAUGGGACACAUUUCUAGCAAGAGUAGUGACAAACUGAACCUAGUUACUAAAGCCAAAACGGACCCAGCUAAAACUCUGGGCACACCUCUGUGUCCUCGGAUGGAAGAGGUUCCUUUGUUAGAACCGCUGAUCUGUAAAAAGAUCGCACACGAAAGACUGACGGUGUUAAUUUUCCUUGAAGACUGUAUAGUUACUGCUUGUCAGGAGGGAUUUAUUUGCACAUGGGGAAGGCCUGGGAAAGUGGGCUUAUUGUCAUCCCCAAGCCAGGCCAGAGCUCCAGGUGGGACUAUAGUGUAGCGACCCUGCGGGAGCGACGCCACCUCAGCCACAUGCCAGCCGAGAAGAUGUCUCCCACCUGAUGGCAGGCUGGUACGGCUCCGCUAGAAAAUAAGAAACGGAGUUUUCUUGCUUUUUAACUCAAAAGGUCUACUGUAACUGAGCCCCAUGUACGUAUAGAACACAGCCCUGUCUACGUAGCGUCAGAUGAAGUGCUGCUGGGACGCGAGGCCCCUCUGGGCGGCUGAGGGCGCCUGCUGGAGGCAGGGAGGGGCUGUCGCCCUCU